UCCAGAUUUAGUGGCGAGGAGGCCGCGAGCGCAGGAUUGUUUACCUAUUAUUUUACCUGAAUAUUAAGUUUACUGGCGGUCUUCGCUGAUUCCUAGAACAGGACGACCCUCCCCCGUCCCCCCUCCCCCACCCCCCCUUCUUGUCGAAGAGCAUGGCUCAGGAGACCAAUCGGACGCAGGUGCCAAUGCUUUGCACUCUGGGCUGUGGUUUCUAUGGCAACCCCCGCACUGACGGCAUGUGCUCCGUCUGCUACAAGGAACACCUCCAGCGGCAGCAGGGCGGAAGCCACAGCAGCCCCCCAGGUGAGAGAGCCGCGGUGACGUUGGCGGGGUCCCCUGGAGAAGCUCCGGUCGCCGUGGAAACGACCUCUGAACCCAGCACGGAUGGUUCGGCCCAGACGGAAGAGAGCACGUCCAGCCCGGUCACCCAGCAGAUGACGGCCAUGAGCAUCUCCCAGGACAGCGGGCCGGCCGACUCGGACCCGGCCGAAGCAGACGAGGAAGAGGACGAGGAGGAGGAAGGCCCAUCCAAAGCGUCGGAGGAGACUGUCGAGGCCGCAGAGUCCGUUUCGGACGGUGACCAGACCCCCGACAAGAACAAGAAGAAGAAUCGCUGCUUCACCUGCCGCAAGAAAGUGGGCCUGACAGGGUUCGACUGUCGCUGCGGCAACCUGUUCUGCGCCGUGCACCGCUACUCGGACAAACACGACUGUCCCUACGACUACCGGGGCGCCGCCACCGCCCGGCUGCGCCAGGAGAACCCCAUCGUGGUGGCCGAGAAGAUCCAGAAGCUGUGAGGGGAACGCCGGGAACGCCGGGAACGCCGGAAAACAGCGGAGAGAAAAAUGAACACGGCAAAUCCCAGCCCGAGAGAGAGGCGGUGCUGGGAACGGCGAUGCCAGACCUUUUUUUUUUUCUUUUUUUUCUUGUUAUCAAUUUUCCCCAAUCAAUCAAUUUAUUUUUCUUCUUUUUUUUUUUUUUUCUCCCCACCACUCCUGGCCAUCGACGGCUCUCUUCCAGAGAGAUUUUUUUUUGGGGGAGAGGCAUCCAGCCCCCCCUCUCGCGCACCUGUGUGAGUGAGUGACUGCGUAACGGUGUGUGCCAGCGGGGUGCUCGAGAGGGACCGGGGGAAAGGCCUCUGAUUGGUGGACAUAUCGCUUCCAGGAGCCGCCAUUUUGUUUUUGUUUUACUUAAUACCUACACUCUGCAUCUGGGGAGAUUUUACUUUGUGUACACCUCUCUUAGCGGUGGAUAGUCUGGUGGGGAGGGGGAGGGGGAGGGGGAGGGGCCUGACCGGGAGGGGGCGGGGCCUGGGUGCAGACCGGGAUUGGACAGAGAUCUGGACUCUGAUGUUUUGCACCGCACCGGGGUAGUGAUGUCAUUAAGUGUACGUAUCCAGGUGGACACACACAUUCUCCACACGCAGGCCUCUCUACGGGGGAAACUGCCUUUUCCUUUUUUUCCUGCCCUCUGAAAUUCAAUGAUUUUUGGGCUUCAUUGAAAAGGACCGACAUCAUUGUCAGAAAUGAACAUUUCUAAACUCCUCGUCUCCACAUAAAAAAAGAUAAAAAAAGACCAAAAAAAAGAAAAAAAGAAAACAAAACAAGGUUUUACUUUGGUAUUUUAUCAUACUAAUGCUGGGAUGCAUGAUUAGUCUUUUGCAGAGGGGACUUUGAACUUUGAGGUGAGCGUGAUUGAGUUCUGUGUGCUUUUCUUUCUCUUAUCUUUCCGUUCCGAGCGUAUGACACCAGAAGGUCUAUAUUAAUAUAUUGUAGUUAGCUUGGA